AUGACCCUGGGCAGCUGUUGCUGCGAGAUCAUGUCCUCCGAGAGCUCCCCGGCCGCGCUGUCUGAGGCAGACGCAGACAUAGACGUGGUGGGCGGUGGCAGCGGUGGGGGGGAGCUUCCAGCCCGCUCGGGGCCCCGCGCCCCCCGGGACGUGCUCCCCCACGGCCACGAGCCUCCCCCGGAGGAAGCCGAGGCAGACGUAGCAGAGGACGAGGAGGAGUCGGGUGGCUGCUCGGACGGCGAGCCCCGCGCUCUAGCGCCUCGGGGGGCGGCAGCCGCAGCGGGAAGCCCGGGGCCAGGCGCGGCGGCUGCGGCGGCCCGGGGCGCGGCGGGGCCGGGGCCGGGACCGCCGUCGGGGGGCACGGUGACGCGGAGCCCGCUGGUGAAGCCACCCUACUCGUACAUCGCGCUCAUCACCAUGGCUAUCCUUCAGAGCCCCAAGAAACGCCUGACACUGAGCGAGAUCUGCGAGUUCAUCAGCGGCCGCUUCCCCUACUACCGAGAGAAGUUCCCCGCCUGGCAGAACAGCAUCCGCCACAAUCUCUCACUCAACGACUGCUUUGUCAAGAUCCCUCGCGAACCGGGCAACCCGGGCAAGGGCAACUACUGGACGCUUGACCCGGAGUCGGCAGACAUGUUCGACAACGGCAGCUUUCUAAGGCGCCGCAAACGCUUCAAGCGGCAGCCGCUGCCGCCGCCGCAUCCACACCCGCACCCUCACCCUGAGCUGCUGUUGCGUGGCGGGGCUGCAGCGGCUGGGGAUCCCGGAGCCUUCCUGCCCGGCUUCGCCGCUUACGGCGCCUACGGCUAUGGCUACGGUCUGGCUCUCCCGGCCUACGGCGCACCCCCGCCGGGGCCGGCCCCGCACCCGCAUCCACACCCGCACGCCUUCGCUUUCGCCGCCGCCGCGCCUUGCCAGCUGUCGGUUCCCCCAGGCCGCGCCGCUGCGCCUCCACCCGGACCUCCGACGGCCUCGGUGUUCGCGGGCACAGCCUCCGCUCCGGCUCCUGCGCCUGCCCCAGGGUCGGGUCCGGGCCCCGCGGGCCUGCCAGCCUUCCUUGGCGCGGAGCUGGGCUGCGCCAAAGCUUUCUACCCUCCGUCUCUGAGUCCUCCUGCAGCUGGCACCGCGGCCAGUCUGUCCACCGCACUCCUGCGUCAGGGCCUCAAGACUGACGCGGGCGGUGGUGCGGGCGGCGGGGGCGCUGGGGUAGGGCAGAGGCCUUCCUUCUCUAUAGACCACAUCAUGGGCCACGGUGGUGGCGGGGCAGCACCUCCGGGCGGCGGCGAGGGCUCACCCGGAUCGCCGUUCGCGGCAGCCGCGGGUCCCGGGGGUCAAGCCCAGGUCUUAGCCAUGCUGACUGCCCCGGCCCUGGCUCCGGUGGCCGGCCACAUCCGCCUCUCUCACCCCGGGGACGCGCUUCUGUCCUCAGGGCCCCCGUUCGCUAGCAAAGUUGCCGGCCUCAGUGGCUGCCACUUCUGA